AGCUGUUCACCUGCUCUCAGUGAACGUAGAAGGGGGUGGGGAGGCAGACUAAACUACAAAAUCGCUGCUUCGCUGGAGCUGGCUCUUUUUCUUCUUUUUUCUGCUGCUUUUCGUGUCUGUAAGUCUCUCGCGGACGCUUCUUCUUCUGCCUCAUUUAUUAUUCUCCCGCUUUCGGCGAUCUAUACCCUCUCCACUAUAAACGUGGAGUGCGAUACACGACGUCCUGUGCUCCACUGCACAGACCCCCCCUUUUUUUUUCUGAACACCUGCAGACAGAAUUUUUUGAUGUUGGUUGCACUUCACGUCAAACGACAGAAUUAUUAAUAGAAAUUUCCCCGUCCCACGCAAAUCGUGUACGCGCUGCAGCCAACGCUGUACUAUCAUCAUUACGGUUAUGAUUAUGAUUAUUAGUUUUGCUUUGUAAACACAUUGAACUUGUAUAGUAAUUAUUAUUAUUAUUGCACCAUCAUGGGCAACGUCUGCUCCACCGCGGAGGAGAAGCGUCACCACCGCGAGAACACCAAGAACCGCAACAACCCGACCGAGUCGUACGACACAUGGAAGCAGAAGAUGCUGCUCGACAUCGGCGCCGACCCCCUCGCCGUUGUCCGCGACUUUCCUCGCAUGAUCGUCUACGUGGGGACGGAGACGCACCACAACUACCUGCCGGCCGGCUGCGAGCACACAAACGCCAACUGGAGAGCUGCAUCGACGACGCCAACGCCGGGCGGUCCCUCGCGCAGGCCAUCGGAGAACCCAUUCGUUGUCUCCUCGAGCAACCUUAACAGGAACGAGAACGAGAGGAACGGCGAGGAAGAUAACAAUCACAACAGCUCAACAACGCACGCACACGCCCAAUACGGGCAUCAUCGUCGCGAUAGGAGUGGUCAUCCGUUGCUGCCGAGAAGCGGGUCCGAUCACGGCCGUCCACCGCUGUGCGUCGACGCAACAGGAGGCGGUAACAAUAACAGUAGUACCACCCCUGGUGUGUCGCCUGGACCGUCCCCGUUGCAGGCGCCGCGGUUGUACCCCGGUGGCCGGACCAGUCAACGAGAGCCUUUCCGCGAGGACGACGCCUUUGCCGCACGCAUGAAACGUGUUCGAGAAGAAGUGUUGUUGCUGUCCGAGUUGUGUGACGAGCGGGCAACCUUCGGCGUCGCGUUUGAGUCGGCGUGGGAUCGACUGGUGGCGCAGGGCAGCAACGACGGGGCAGUCGAAAGCGAGGCGGUGAGUGAGUACCUCGCCGUCUUCCAGCCACAGCAGCAGCAGCAACAACAACAGCAGGACGGUCGACUCCCACCGCCUGCCCCAAAGCGCACUGCCCGCACCUCUCUCCCAUUAGACGUCCAUCAAAUCCUGCUGAACGCCUGCGUGGACAGCGGCAUGAUCGCGCUGGCCGAGGAGCAAUGCCACACAGUCCCCACGUCCACCACAUUGCGCACCGUCGGCGCGUCGGCGAGUGCGCCAUCGGGGCCCGGGGCCCUCCCCCUGCCCGCGCGUGCAUCCCCCUCCGUACCGAGCCGCAGCUCACGUCCCGAGUCGCCGGGCAUCUCUGCCUUCCAGCUGCCCGACACGACCGCCGCGACGGCGCUCCUCUCCGUCGAGGCACCCGCCGACUACGGUGGUGGUGCCAACGCAAAGGCGAGCGCCAAGAAAGGCACGUCGUCGCCACCGCCGCUGCAUCACCACGUGCACGACAAAGACGGCGCGCCGAAGAGCAGCUCCAACUCUCAAAUCCGCAGUGCGGCGUCACUGGUGCCGUCUGGCGCGCCGGGAGGGGCACCCGGCAACCCGAGCCGCUACACCGUGCGCAGCGCCACCUUUCACCUUAUGCAGUUUGCGACCCAGAGUGUGAUGUUCUUCCCGGUGCAGCGCCUGAAGCACGUCCUGUGGGUGCCGUGGGGCUCGCACAUGCAGGAUGUCUCCUGGACGAUCCACUUUAGCCUGAAGGACGCCACCUCAGCCGAUCUGAUCGCCUUGAAGCAGCACACGUUGAAUACGCUGUACAACAGCGCCUCUACGGUGCCGACGAAGGAGGCGAACGCCGUCGGCGCCGCGAGAAUGGGAGAGGCGAGUCUGCAGCUCACGCCUUCCUCCGAGCUGGCCGCGAACAACAAUACCACCACGUUGAAUGCCGAGCAGGCGGCGGACGCGUUUGGGGCUGCCGCGGCAGCCCCGUCGACGUAUUCGGAGGCGGACGGGCGCACUGCGACGACGAACGGGACCGCCGCGACGUACGGCAAUACGGCAGAGUCUAAAGGAACACGGAGGAUCAUUGCGAUUCAACACGUGCUGACUGGCCGCCACUACGUGGAGGAGGCCGAUCGCAAGACGGUACCGCGUUAUGAGCUGGACUGGGCCUGCAGCAUCCGCAUCGAUCAGGAAACGCUGCAGGACACGUUCGCACCUUUUCAGAAAUUUGCUGCGCUGUCGCACAGCGUGAAGGCCUCGCCGCUGCUCGGUGAGGGCGCGAACUCGACUCCGCCCUCGCUCAUGCGGCGUGCCUUCAAGUCGGAGGAGGAGAACGACGGCAGUGCUGCCGUGAACCACUCCUCUGCGGAUCCGCCGCUGCAGCGGGAGGAGCUCGGUGAGGAUGGGUUGGACGCUGGUGGGUCCUCCGUCAACGCUCUGGGCGCGGAGGGUAUUCCCUCCCCGCAACAGCCCGCCCUUCUGCAACGGGAGGUCAUCGCGGCGACGGUGGAGGUCGUUGCGGCCCGUGUGGAGCGGCCGCCGCACACGAUGUGCCUGGUAUCCUCCACAUGGAAGAAGCAUAAGGAGGAGUUAGAUUACGUAUUGAUGCAGCAGUACAACGUGUGUCUGGAAGAUAAAGACAGCCUGGAUGCAAAGAGGCUCGCCUAA